GUGCCUGCCGGGGGUUGCCAUGGGUGCGGCGGUGGCGGCCGGGGGUCGGUGUCGGUGCUGGUGCUGCGGGAAGGGGCGGUGUCGGGCGGACCCGUGCGGGGUCCUCUGCCUGCUGCUUACGUACCUCAGUGUGGGCUACGCCGACUACGUCAUCCUGGAGCAUGUCCUGCUCCAGCCGGGCUUCCGGGGCAGCCUCUGGUGUCCGUUCCAUGCCGUGGCGUUCAACUUCAUUGUCGUUAUGCUCUUGGCCUGUCACACGCGAGCUGUCUUUGCCGACCCAGGCAUGGUCCCGCUCCCAGAUACAGCCAUUGACUUCUCUGACUUGCGGAGUAGCGGCAGUGGCGGAUCGCACAAGAACAGUCGGAACAAUGAGGACUGGACAGUGUGUAACCGCUGUGAGACAUACCGGCCGCCCCGGGCGCACCACUGCCGCGUCUGCCACCGCUGCGUGCGCCGCAUGGACCACCACUGCCCUUGGAUCAACAACUGUGUGGGGGAACUGAACCAGAAAUACUUCAUCCAGUUUCUCUUCUAUACAGGCUUGGCCAGCCUUUACGCCAUGGGGCUGGUCUUGACCACCUGGCUUUGGCCCACGGACAAGAGCUCAGCCGGGAAGGCCGAAGGAGCCGAAGGAGGCGUUUCCAACAAUCGCAUCCAAAUUGCUCACCGCAUCAUCUUGCUGGUGGAAUCCAUCCUCUUUGGCCUCUUUGUCACAGUCAUAUUUUAUGACCAGCUGGUCUCCAUUAUCACAGACGAGACCCCAAUUGAGCAGCUGCGCAACCGGCUCCUGAAAGAGGCACGGCGGGAAGUCUCGCAUACGCGGAAGCCCAAGAUCGCCCUCCUGCGGGAAGUCUUUGGCCGAGGUCUCGUCAUCUGCUGGUUCUUCCCGUGCAACUGCAGCUCUCCGUCAGCCAGCGGACCCUCCUACAGCUACUUGCCCAACUACGACGUGUGACUUCCUGGGCUGCUCUCUCUUCGUGCUCUCUUUCUAUUGGUGGAGGCAGAGGUUCCGUUCAGUUUCAUUGGCCACCUUCUGUGGAGGCAAUGGUGGCUGCAGUUUCUUAACGUUUUCCCCCAGGCGGGGAAACAGUUUUCUUGGGAGGGGAGUGUUUGCGUGCGUGUAUGUGUGUUUUUGUGUGUGUGUGUGUACUAUAAGUGUUGAUGCUCUUCAUCCCAAUGGGAACAGAGCACGCUCUCCCUUGAAGUGGAGCUCAGCAGGAGGUCCUCGUAUUUUGAACUCUUGGCUCAACCUGUGUAACACUCAGAACUGGGGUGCUGCACACAGCAGAGAUCACUCUCAGAAGCGGCCCUUAAUGCGUCUUGGGCCCUGGUGUGAAGCAUGUGAAUUUGAGCCCCUUCCUUCCUUCCUUCCUUCCUGCCUCACCUUGCCUGUGAAGGCCGUAUUUAAGCCCUGCGUCCUUUACCAGGUUUCCCAAAGAGAUCAAGCUCUGGCCUAUCUAAUAAUAAUAAUAAUAAUAAUAAUAAUAAUGCGGGCAUUAGCCUCCUACUCUGGAGAGCUGUGACCUCUGCCCACUAGGGACCCCAGCCUUGCUUUUGUUCACCUGAUUUCAGCCCUGGGGGUGGCAGUGUUUGGUACAUGCUUCCACUUCAAGCUUGCUUCAGCCUCUGAUGCUCUGCUGUGGCCUGGAAGCACAUCGAAGGCUGAUGGUGAACAGCUGUCCCAGAGGAGGGAGUACCUUGUAUUAGCAACCUCCUUGGGGUUUCCUUUUUCAGAGGGCGGGGGCUGGCUGCCCUCCAGUGGAUGUGACCACAGAUAGCUCAGGUGGGUGUUAAGAGCACGCAGCCGCACCUCCCCACACGGCACCAGCCACAUCAGGAUCUCUGCUUAUCCUUCUGGUUUGCUGUGAGCAUUGUGUGUAUAUUGCCUUUCAGCACAUUCCCAGCAGUUCCUUGAGCUUUCUUGAAACAUAAGAGUCGGAACAUCAUGCUUUGUGGUGCGCAGGGACUUGCUGCAUCCUCUGCUUGGGGAGGUGUUCAGGAGGUUUCUGUCAUUUUGGUGUCUAAUCGCUGGGGGGAUUCCUUGUUUCCUUUGCUGGAUUGGCCCCCACCCCAAGGUUCCCCGGAGGCCUUGAAAUUAAGAGGCUGGGUUUCCAGCAUCAUUUGAGCUGCUCAUUAACUGGAGAAAAGAGAGGCCUAGGGCUUUUUUUCAGCUGGAGCACACCGGAGCAUGGUUCCGGCACCUCUCAGGUGGGUGACAUUGCAGGCCAGCACCCUCCCACCUGCUUCUUGCCUUUACGUACUUCCGAGAGGCCCAAAAUGAACAUUUCAGGUCAAAAGCGAAGCUGGCCAGCAUGUGAGUCUACAUUUUUUUUAGAUCUAUGUCUCCACCUAGCCGCAGUUGGUCAAGCUAUGGGGUAGGGCCAAUUCGUAUUUCCAUUUCUUCAGUCCAAUUCCCGUAUAGCGGCAGUGGGCUUUAAGCUGUCCAGCCAGGCCUCUACUGUUGCACGUGGGCGUGUUUGCACGAGGGCCCUUCCAAGCUGCCCUAGCCACCUGCCUGAAUCUAAAAGAAUGGGGCGGGGGGCGGGGCACAUUUAUUUGACCUGUACCAGAACCAGGGGCGACCCCCAAACCAAACAGCUUGCCGUAGUUUUUAUCACCUCCGUGGCUGGUGAACACUGCUGUUGUCAAACAGGCAUCUGUCUAUUCAAGGCUGCCCCGAGUCACCUGGCAACUUGCUGUAGCAACUUCAUGGUGAGUUCUGGCACCUAUUUUUCUGGGGGGGGGGGGCACCAGAGAAGCCCUUUUUAGUAAAGGGGAGAUUCUCCUGCCCCUAGUACUUCAGCAGAGGGUGGCGGCCCCCUCUGAAAUAAUGACUCCCUGAAACUCAUCUUAAAAUGGUGGCUGGUAUCCAUUAGAGUUUGUAGGGCAGAAUCUGGGAGCCCUGCAGGAGGCGGAGCCAGAGGCAAUGACAGGCAGAGCUGCAAGCAAUGAGUGGCAGAGCCAAUGGAGUCUAGUUUUGUCCCCAUCCUUUUCCCGAGACUGAGGAGGAGGAGGGUGACAGGCAGGGCCCCACCUUGGACCGGCUGUAAGUAAGAAGGCAAGCAGGCUGGGGAUGGCUGAGAGCGGACUAAGGGUUGUGGGGCAGUGCCCCAUUCCCCUGAAUGGAGCAGCCUCCACUGCCUUUCAAAGCACAAGAAGUGUGUCGCAUUUGAUACCCAUUGUGUCAUGUGUUUCCCCCACACCCCCGACUUGCUAAUCCUACACUGCUGCCCUUGGGUUGGGUGGUACUUAUCUAUUUAUUAUGUUGCCUUAUAGCCCAGGCUUCGAUUCUACUUCUCAAGGCGGCUAGAAAUAUAUCAUGUUAGAAUAGAAUAUGUUUUUAAGUAUGCUAAACGGGUAAAGCAACUAAGCAGCAGCAUUGCAACCAAAAGCAGAGAGGAAGGCCUCUUCUAACACAAUGCCCUGUGCAUGUGCAUUGUCUGAAAACGAAGCAUGCCUUCUGUUUCAGAAGUGUUUUUACCCAUGUGCAAGUUGAAAUGGCAAACUAAAUCUAGCCAGGCUCAUACAGCGUACAGUAAUUGGUUUUAAAAAAUAAAUAAAUCAGGUUGCAGCCUUACUUUCAGCAGAGUGCUACAACCUGGGGAGUCAGUGUGAGACACCCUCCCCCAGAUGUUGCUGGUUUCCAUAUCCUGUCCACUCCAACCAGCAUGGUUCGUGGUCAAGGGAUAAUGGGGGUAGUAGUCCAGCCACAUCCCUAUACUGCAGCAUUCUCAUUCCCCCACUCCUUUCUACACGCUGUGUUAAUUCCCUGUGCUCUGGUCUGUGCUAGAAUGAGGCUUUUUUCUACCACUAUCUCCCUGAUGCCUGACCCUGCUAUCCAUCCAACUUUUUUAAAAAGCGGGGUGGUUUUCGCUCAGACUUGGCAAACAAGUUUUGAGCUGCGAACCUAACUGUGGCACGAUUGGGGUGUGUGUGUGUGGUGAGGAAGGGAAAGAAUGUCUCUGGGAUUUAAUUGGGAUAAUUUCCUACCCUCUAAUGAAAGUCUAGACAGCCCCAGAUGCAAGUGUCAGGAACUGGAGGGUGAGCGAUUGAUUGCCCCCGGUGCCCUGCGGACAAAGCAGCUCUGGCUGUGGAUUAAGUCUUAAGUGUUCUGCCGCUUUAUUUAUUUUCUCAGGAUGUGUUUGCACUGAUGCUUCGUUUAAUAACAGGAUGCCACUUGUUCCCUUUGAACCAAAUGUGAUGCCCGCCCAUCUCAAAGAUGAGCAGCUUGUUUUGCAAACCCCACAGACGAUCGGUCUUGACAUCUUCACGCUCGAGAGGGUGCCAAGGAGCAAGGAAUCCGGCAACUGGAGCACAUUUUGCUGCUGCUUCUUUUUUUUCAAAGCAAGGUUCCGGUCCUCAUUGCUGCAGAGAAUAGCCAAAUUUCUGAUUUAAAAGAAAGAGAGAAAGAAAAUAUCUCUCACUCGGGAAUCCAGUGCUCUGAAGGAGUCUCCUCAUUUCUUUGCACAGUUAUCGGGCUCCCAAAGUUAAGACUCUGCUAACCCUACUCUUAGAAUAGUCUCAUUGGAAUUAAUGAACACAACUGACUUAGAUCUAUUAAUUUCAGUGGGUCUGUCUUGAGUAAAAUUUAGUCAGUCUGUUCUCAGCAGGGGCACAGGAGGCAGAGUUGUGGCACUACUGCACACUGGGGCAAGGCAGCAGCGGGCUUUGCCACCAUCCCAGCAAGGACGGUGCCGCUGCCAGGAGAUCACUGCUGCUGCUCUUCUGCCCCUUUUGCAUGCCUUUGCUGCCUGCCCCACUUUUGGUCAUCUGCCCUAGUAUUGCGAUUUGCAGCUUUAAUCUUCCAGUCUCUCCACCACCCACUACCCAGAUCAAAACCUGUGCAAUGAUUCCCUCCGAAAAAGAUAUAUUGCCGUUCCGAACAUUCCUGCAUUGCAGGAGGUCGGGCUAGAUAACCCUCAAGGUCCCUUCCAACUCUUAAGAUUCUAGGAGUCUAAAUUAUUGUAGGUCAUUUCAUUCCAGUUACAUCACUUCAUUCCAGUUGCACAGUUUGGGAACUUCUGUUUUGUUAGUGCAAAACUCCAGACUCUCAUCGCUGAGCUCUCUUCUGCUGGGUGGCACAGAGGAAAAGCUGCCUUCAGUUGCCUGUAUAAGAUCCAGGCUUUUGCAUCCCUUUGUUUUUUUCUUCUGCUGGGCCUAGUCUUCAACCAGCCAUCCAACACCCUGAACCUCUGAUAGAUGACAGGUGUGAGACUUUGGCAGGCAAAGCCCUCCCUGUCCUCCCCCUGCUGUCUAGAAACGUGUUGUUGUUUUUCCUAAAAGAGCAUGCAUCUUCAGGAUAUAGAAUCCUUUGCUUGUGUCUUGCAGUGGUGUUGGAAUCUUAACACAGCUCUCGUGGCCCCGGUCUCUUAACUACGCACAGCUUGAACGGCAUCUUAUAUGGAGGCCAAGCACAACUGGGAGACGGGCAGAAAGUAGACUGGGAUCAGCGGGUAGCUCUCUGGAUGACUUUGAUUUGGCAAGGGCUUCAGAUUCCUGACUGUUUAACAAUGACAACAACCGAGAAGUCUCUUCUCCCUUCUCAAAUUAAGCUGCUGAAACAAAGAAAGAAGGGGAGACUAGGAGUGGGUUGGGGGGAGGGGGGCUGUGAGCUCAGUCUUGAUGUCAAAAACAGAGUCCCAGGAGCAGCGUGUGCAUUCACGCUUGGUGCCCUGUUCCUGAAAUCCCCACCGCCUCGUCUGUAGAGGAGCAGUUAGCUUUCUCAAGAAGUCAUCUUAGCUCUCUCAGUUGUGAAUGUGAACAUUGCACUCAGGUCCUGUUUGCAGGCUUCCCCUCGAGGUGUCUGGCUGGCCACUGUAAGAGCAGGCCGCUGGCAAGGAGACCUUUGAUUUGAUCCAGCGGCCUGUCUCCUCUUAUUUUGCUGUGGUAGUGGGGAUGCAAACAUGCCUUUAAACAUAAUAAUGCAACAGCAGAUUGGUGGAGCGGCAACAACAAUGGUCUCUCUGUAGGAAAGGGGAGGUGGGCCGACCUUGCCCUAGUCGCUGACGCCACAGACUUGCUCAUCCAUGCACGCUCAGCAGGCAUAGCGCCCCAGCGCUCACUGGCAUGUAUGAAUGAGCCGUCGCAGGUCUAACUCGACAACUGGAGGGACCAUAACACUUCCAGUGCAGUGUUAGCUAGCUGGAGUCCAGCUGCCUGUUGAGUAUGCAGUCAUUUAAGGGCUGAUCCACAGAAAUUUGUGCUUGAGGGGAGGGGGGGUUGGCCACAGACAGGGGCCGUUGCCACACUCCAAAAAUGUGUGUUUUGGGGUUGGGGGCCCAAAGGGGGUGCUGCUAUGAAGCCUGACCCUGUUGCAGCCUAGCAGUAUUAUAACAUAACGGGUCAUCUCUGUAUGUAUUUGCUCUUUGUAUUUACUGCAAGGAUUUUUUAUAUAUAAAAACAUUUCCUCCUCCCCUUC